AUGAGCAGUAAUAAGGGCAAUGGGCGCUUGCCAUCGUUAAAAGAUUCUUCACCUAAUGGAGGAUCUGCGAAGCCUUCGUUGAAGUUUAAGCCAAAAGCUGUUGCGAGAAAAUCUAAGGAAGAGAGAGAAGCAGCUGCAUCCAAGGUGAAGCUGGAGGAGGACUCCAAAAGAGGCAAUGACAUGAAAAACUUCAAUAACAAUAAGAAUAAAAGAGUAAACGGCACUAGUGGGCAACAAAGACGAAUGCCCAAGUACUUGAACAAUACGCAUGUUAUUUCCAGUGGUCCCUUGGCUGCCGGCAACUUUGUUAGUGAGAGAGGUGAUCUCAGGAGGGGUUUCAUCAAGUCAGAAGGCAGCGGAUCAUCUCUAGUGCAAAGAGGCUUACAAACCAUUGACAAUGGCGCUGAAAGCUCUGAUGAUGAGGCAGAAAAGGACGGUAAUGAGGGCGUAGCGUCCAAGUCUAAGAAGAAAUUUAAUAUGGGAAGAGAGUUUGACGCUAACAAUCUCAUAGAAGACGAGGACGAGGGCGAAAAUGGAAAAAGCAGUGACGUAGAUAUGAAUGAUGAGGCAUGGGGAUCCAAACAAAUUGAACAAUUAUUCCCCGUAAGGCCCGUUCGUGUAAGACACGAGGACGUUGAAAAUGUCAAAAGAGAAAUACAAGAAGCUCUUUCCGAGAAGCCAACUCGCGAACCUACGCCUAGUGUGAAGACGGAACCUGCUGAAACUGAAUUACAAUCGUAUUUAGAAGAGAGAGAGAGGCAGACCAAAGAGAAACUCGGAGAUCUUGCAUUACAAAAGGAGUUUCAGUCUGUUGAUGAGAAGGAGGUCGCUGCUGAAUUAGAGCUAUUAAAGGCGGAUCAUCAACACAUACUAAGGAAGUUAAAGAAUAUGAAUAAUAAGCCUGAAAGGUUCAUGGUCUUCCAAUUGCCCGCCAGACUGCCAUCUUUUGAAAAACCAGCCGUGAAGGAGGAGGAAGGCGAAGUAGAAACGCAAACCAGCGACUCUGCGAAGAAGAAAAAGACCACCAAGAAAAAGAACACCAAAGAUGUCAUACCCAUCGAAGAGCUGGCUGGUAAUGUUGGCUCCAUAAGAGUUCAUAAAUCGGGCAAGCUCUCUGUGAAAAUUGGGAAUGUGGUCAUGGAUAUCGGCAAAGGUGCCGAAACCACAUUCUUACAAGACGUCAUAGCAUUGAGUAUCGCUGACGAUGCAUCGUCAGCUGAACUUUUGGGCCGUGUGGAAGGUAAAAUAGUAGUCACACCAAAAAUCUAA